CGACCCAACAGUUUGGAACUCGAUAAUUGUCUGACCAUGGAUAAUGAAUGUUUCUUCCCCGAUUUUGUGAAUAACAAUACACCACCAGCACAACAGACAAGAAACCGAAAGAAAAAAAGGAGAGCUGCAGACAUUCCUACUUUUGUUUAUUUAUUUUCAGAUUUAUAUGUGGCUACUGGGGAGGUAUUAGGACAUGGCGCUUAUGCUGCAGUACAGACGUUUACAAACUUGGCUAACAAGAAAGAAUAUGCAGUAAAAGUUAUAGAAAAGAAAAGCAGUUUAUCUCGAAGUAAAGUCUUCAAAGAAAUCGAAAUCUUCCACACUUGCCAGGGUCAUGAAAAUAUUCUCAACAUGGUGGAAUAUUUUGAAGAAGAAGAAUAUUUUUAUUUGGUAUUUGAGAAAAUGGAAGGUGGAACAUUAUUAGCCAAUAUUGAAAGACGAGGUCAUCUAACAGAAAGAGAAGCUAGUUUGGUUAUACGGGAUAUUGCUAAAGCCUUAGAUUUUCUUCACAUGAAAGGAAUUGCUCAUCGUGAUCUCAAACCAGAAAAUAUUCUUUGUCUUAAGAAGGAUCAGAUUGUUCCAGUUAAAAUUUGUGAUUUUGAUUUAGCUAGUGGUGUACCAUUAUCUUCUGACCAAGAUGCUGACAGUGUUAAAACACCAGAGUUACUAACACCAGUUGGUUCAGCGGAAUACAUGGCACCAGAGGUUGUGAAUGCAUGGAUUGGUGAAUCCUUCUCAUACGACAAAAAAUGUGAUUUAUGGAGUUUGGGAAUCAUAUUGUAUAUUACAUUAUGUGGCUAUCCUCCAUUCUAUGGUCAGUGUGGUGAAGACUGUGGAUGGGAACGUGGUGAACCUUGUGGAGAUUGUCAAGAAAGCCUCUUCUUAGGAAUUCAACAAGGAACAUUUGAUUUCCCAGACACAGAAUGGAGUUGUAUUUCUGAGUCAGCUCGUGAUCUGAUCCGACACCUUCUGGUUAGAGAUCCCAGAUACAGAUUCUCAGCACCUGAAGUUUUAGACCAUCACUGGAUAUCCAAACCUCCAGCAGCUACUCCACUUGCUACUCCACAAGUGCUUACAAGAAAUAACAGUACCAAAGAUUUGGAAUCAUUUGCCGAGACGGCUAUAUCAAUGCACCGUAUGAUGCAACAACAUAUGAUGAUAAAUGAAACACCAAGAUUCUAUGUUGGCGAUGAACGGGAUAUCAGUGAGGAAGAUGAUGACAGUAUUGACCCUGAUGUAUUUGAUAACGCUAUGAAAUUAUCACCACCUGGUAGUUCAAGUCUAGCCCAGAGACGUGUCGCCUUUCAAGAUAAACACAUGUUUGGUUCCAGUACCAGUGGUGAUAGCGUGUCAUUCCCUAGUUCUGGAAGUUGGUCAUAA